UAAAUAAAUAAUUAAUUCAAACUCCGUCUCAACGACCCACACACCGAUUAUUACCUUACGCGCCACGAUCCGUCCGCGAGAUAACCUUUUCUAAACGAUGGAGCCGCCGCCGCCGCCGCCUAAGUCAGAUAUCGAAGUGAAGAUUGCGCAGAAUCCAAACCCGUCGCCGAUCGUCGAUCCGAAAGCUACGGAUCAAGGACCGAAGAAGGGAGGCGACAAUGCGAGCAUCGAGAUUGAAAUCGAGACGAAAGGGAGCGAUCCAACAACGGCGCAACCGCCGGUUCGAACUGGAUCGAAGAAAAACGUCCAUUGGAGCCCCGAAUUGGUUUCCGGGUCUCAGGAACCGGAUCAUUCGUCUUACCCGGCCGGAUCUAACCCGUACAUUGCUCGUUCUCCCCCAGAGACAACCGAUGCUUCAUUAAAAGAUACGAUGGAGACUGUUAAAGGAGCGCUUGGGAGAUGGGGAAGGAAAGUUGCUGAAGCUGCAAAGAAGACGGAGAGCCUCGCGGGGAACACGUGGCAGCAUCUGAGAACUGCUCCGAGUUUUGCCGAUGCUGCUAUGGGAAGAAUCGCGCAGAGUACUAAGGUUCUUGCAGAAGGAGGGUACGAGAAGAUUUUCCGACAAACCUUUGAGACCGAUCCAGAAGAAGAGCUGUUGAACUCUUUUGCGUGUUACUUGUCCACCUCAGCUGGCCCUGUUAUGGGAGUUCUGUACGUAUCCAAUGCUAAGCUUGCUUACUCUAGUGACAACCCUCUUUCUUACAAAAAUGAUGGUCAAACCCAAUGGAGCUACUACAAGGUGGUUAUACCAUUACAUCAACUUAAAGCAGUGAAUCCAUCAGCAAGCAUAGUGAAUCCUGCAGAGAAGUACAUACAGGUGAUUUCAGUAGACAAUCAUGAGUUCUGGUUCAUGGGUUUCUUGAACUAUGAAGGCGCUGUCACCUCUCUGCAAGAAUCUUUGCAAGACAGUGGUUUACGGUCAGUGUGAGUGAUUGAUACACACACACACACUUGGUGGAUUCUUUGAUGACCAUUUUAAGCCUAUUGAUGAUUGAGAUACUUUUUCUUUUUCUUUUUGCUUAGUUAUAUGAUUACAGAAGACUCGAUUAACAUUAUUUGCAUAAAUAUAUAAUCUCUUAAAUUCUUUUUGCUAUAUCAUGUCUGUCUUUUGUGCCAUAUCUUUCCAUUAGGUGUGUUGUUGAUUGUUGUAUAACGGCGUUGAGAAAGACCAUGACGUGUGUGUGUGUGUGUGUGUGUGUGAUGCAACUUAUUAUAAUAGUCAAAAUGUAAGACUCCUAACUGCCUUUGAGUUCUUGAAAUCAUCAGUAUAUAUAACGUUCUUGGUUC